CCCUCCCCCGCCCCCGCCCCCGCCUCCUCCUUCUCCUCGGCAAUCAGGGGAAUAAAUCAGGGAGGAAACCGAGAGGGAGAGAGAAAGAGCGAGAGAGAGCGAGAGCGCGCGAGCGCCGGCGGGCUCGCCCAGGUCUGUUUCCAAAGUCGCCCUUGAUGGCGGCGGAGGCGAGGCAGCCGCGGCGCGGAGCAGCCGACGCGCUCUAGUGGGUCCGCCCGCCGCCGCCCCUUCCCCCGCGCCGGCUUUCGCCCCUGCCGCCCCCCGCGCCGGUCCGCGCCCCGCGCCCGGCGCGCCAGCCCUGCCGACGUCCGCGGUCCGGGCAGAGCGUGCUCCUUCUCCUCCUCCCGCGGUUUCCAGCACCGUUCCUUCCCCCGGCUGGGGAGGGAGGCGGGAUUGAUCUUCGAUCGCGAAGAUGGCUGCUGGCUGCCUGCUGGCCUUGACUCUGACACUUUUCCAAUCUUGGCUGAUCGGCCCCUCGUCGGAGGAGCCGUUCCCUUCGGCCGUCACUAUCAAGUCAUGGGUGGAUAAGAUGCAAGAAGACCUUGUCACGCUGGCAAAAACAGCAAGUGGAGUCAAUCAGCUUGUUGAUAUUUACGAGAAAUACCAAGAUUUGUAUACUGUGGAACCAAAUAAUGCACGCCAGCUGGUGGAAAUUGCAGCCAGGGAUAUUGAGAAACUUCUAAGCAACAGAUCUAAAGCCCUGGUGCGCCUGGCUUUGGAAGCAGAGAAAGUUCAAGCAGCCCACCAGUGGAGGGAAGAUUUUGCAAGCAAUGAAGUUGUCUACUACAAUGCAAAGGAUGAUCUUGAUCCUGAGAAAAAUGACAGUGAGCCAGGCAGCCAGAGGAUAAAACCUGUUUUUAUCGAUGAUGCUAAUUUUGGACGACAAAUAUCCUAUCAGCAUGCAGCAGUCCAUAUUCCCACUGACAUCUAUGAGGGCUCAACAAUUGUGUUAAAUGAGCUCAACUGGACAAGUGCCUUAGAUGAAGUUUUCAAAAAAAAUCGAGAGGAAGAUCCUUCAUUGUUGUGGCAGGUGUUUGGCAGUGCCACAGGCCUGGCCCGAUAUUAUCCAGCUUCUCCAUGGGUUGAUAACAGUAGAACUCCAAACAAGAUUGACCUUUAUGAUGUACGCAGAAGACCAUGGUAUAUCCAAGGAGCUGCAUCUCCUAAAGACAUGCUAAUUCUGGUUGAUGUGAGUGGAAGUGUUAGUGGAUUGACACUAAAACUGAUCCGAACAUCCGUGUCCGAAAUGUUGGAAACUCUCUCAGAUGAUGAUUUUGUGAAUGUAGCUUCAUUUAACAGCAAUGCCCAGGAUGUAAGCUGUUUUCAGCACCUUGUGCAGGCAAAUGUAAGAAAUAAGAAAGUGCUGAAAGAUGCAGUGAAUAAUAUCACAGCAAAAGGAAUUACAGAUUAUAAGAAGGGCUUUAGUUUUGCUUUUGAACAGCUGCUUAAUUAUAAUGUUUCCAGAGCCAACUGCAAUAAGAUUAUCAUGUUGUUCACGGACGGAGGAGAAGAGAGAGCCCAGGAGAUAUUUGCCAAAUACAACAAAGACAAAAAAGUACGCGUAUUCACUUUUUCAGUUGGUCAACAUAAUUAUGACAGAGGACCUAUUCAGUGGAUGGCCUGUGAAAAUAAAGGUUAUUAUUAUGAAAUUCCUUCUAUUGGAGCAAUAAGAAUCAAUACUCAGGAAUAUUUGGAUGUUCUGGGACGACCAAUGGUUUUAGCAGGAGACAAAGCUAAGCAAGUCCAAUGGACAAAUGUGUACCUGGAUGCACUGGAACUGGGACUUGUCAUUACUGGAACUCUUCCGGUCUUCAACAUAACCGGCCAAGUUGAAAAUAAGACAAACUUAAAGAACCAGCUGAUUCUUGGUGUGAUGGGAGUUGAUGUGUCUUUGGAAGAUAUUAAAAGACUAACACCACGUUUUACACUGUGCCCCAAUGGCUAUUAUUUUGCAAUUGAUCCUAAUGGUUAUGUUUUAUUACAUCCAAAUCUUCAGCCAAAGAACCCCAAAUCUCAGGAGCCAGUAACUUUGGAUUUUCUUGACGCAGAAUUAGAGAAUGAUAUUAAAGUGGAGAUUCGAAAUAAAAUGAUAGAUGGAGAAAGUGGAGAAAAAACAUUCAGAACUCUGGUUAAAUCUCAAGAUGAGAGAUAUAUUGACAAAGGAAACAGGACAUACACAUGGACUCCUGUCAAUGGCACAGAUUACAGUUUGGCCUUGGUAUUACCAACCUACAGUUUUUACUAUAUAAAAGCCAAAAUAGAAGAGACAAUAACUCAGGCCAGAUCAAAAAAGGGCAAAAUGAAGGAUUCAGAAACACUGAAGCCAGAUAAUUUUGAAGAAUCUGGCUAUACAUUCAUAGCACCAAGAGACUACUGCAAUGACCUUAAGAUAUCAGAUAAUAACACUGAAUUUCUUUUAAAUUUCAAUGAGUUUAUUGAUAGAAAAACUCCAAACAACCCAUCGUGUAACACGGAUUUGAUUAAUAGAGUCUUGCUGGAUGCAGGAUUUACAAAUGAACUUGUCCAAAAUUACUGGAGUAAGCAGAAAAACAUCAAGGGAGUGAAAGCGCGGUUUGUUGUGACUGAUGGUGGGAUUACCAGAGUUUAUCCCAAAGAGGCUGGAGAAAAUUGGCAAGAAAACCCAGAAACAUACGAGGACAGCUUCUAUAAAAGGAGUCUUGAUAAUGAUAACUAUGUUUUCACUGCUCCCUACUUUAACAAAAGUGGACCUGGUGCUUAUGAAUCAGGCAUUAUGGUAAGCAAAGCUGUAGAAAUAUAUAUCCAAGGGAAACUUCUUAAACCUGCAGUCGUUGGAAUUAAAAUUGAUGUAAAUUCUUGGAUAGAGAAUUUCACCAAAACAUCAAUCCGGGAUCCGUGUGCUGGUCCAGUUUGUGACUGCAAAAGAAAUAGUGAUGUAAUGGAUUGUGUGAUUCUAGAUGAUGGUGGGUUUCUUUUGAUGGCAAAUCAUGAUGAUUAUACUAACCAGAUUGGAAGAUUUUUUGGAGAGAUUGAUCCAAGUUUGAUGAGACACCUGGUUAAUAUAUCAGUUUAUGCUUUCAACAAAUCUUAUGAUUAUCAGUCAGUGUGUGAACCCGGAGCUCCACCAAAACAAGGAGCAGGGCAUCGCUCGGCAUAUGUGCCAUCAAUAGCAGACAUAUUACACAUUGGCUGGUGGGCCACGGCUGCUGCCUGGUCUAUCCUACAGCAACUUCUCUUGAGUUUGACCUUUCCACGACUUCUUGAGGCAGUUGAAAUGGAAGACGACGAUUUUACAGCCUCUCUGUCAAAGCAGAGUUGCAUUACUGAGCAAACCCAGUAUUUCUUCGAUAAUGAUAGUAAAUCAUUCAGUGGUGUAUUAGACUGUGGAAACUGUUCCAGAAUCUUUCAUGUAGAAAAACUUAUGAACACCAACUUAAUAUUCAUAAUGGUGGAGAGCAAAGGGACUUGUCCCUGUGACACACGACAGCUCAUACAAGCAGAGCAGCCUUCUGAUGGUCCAGAUCCCUGUGAUAUGGUUAAGCAACCCCGAUAUCGAAAAGGGCCUGAUGUCUGCUUUGAUAACAACGUCCUGGAGGAUUAUACCGACUGUGGUGGCGUUUCUGGAUUAAAUCCUUCCCUGUGGUCCAUCAUCGGAAUCCAGUUUCUACUACUUUGGCUUUUAUCUGGCAGCAGACACUGCCAGUUAUGACCUUCUAAAACCAAAUUUGCAUAAUUAAACUCCAGACCCUGCCAAACGUGAGCCCUCAUUUGCAUUAAAAUAGGGUCAAUCGUGGAAUCAGCAGAGCACUAGCUGGGCCCAUACCCUGGCAUAGAUCUAAGGCGCAGACGCAUAAGGCACCCACUGGCUGCAUGUCAGGGUGUCAGAUCCUUAAACUUGUGUGAAUGCUGCAUCAUCUAUGUAUAACAUCAAGCAAACUUCUAUCUGUGCUCUAGUGGAAAAUUUGAGAGUGUGUUGUUGCCUUGUUGGUGAUUACAUGUAAAAGGGCUCCCCAUACAACUGUUUAUGAAUCAAACAAAUUGUCUUGAUUUUGACCUGGAAUUUUGACUUGCUGCCAUCCUCGUUCUUUUACCAAGAAAAUCCCUAGGGGAAAAAAAGAGUUACUUUUGCCUUCACUUAUCCUUCUGCUAAAAAUUAUUUCCUGCUUUAAGUAGUUAUUAUUGAAAAAAUUAUAUAUCGAGAGAGAGAAUUAACAUUGGUAUAAUCUGUUGAAAUAGAAUAAUGGCUAAUUUUCUACAAAAAAUUUGCCAUGAAUAAACUGCCUUAUGAAGAGUGGCUUCUCUGCCAAAAAUAUAACAAAUGAUGACCAAUUAAGUUUUGAUGGGGUAAUGAAUUGGUUGUUUGAAAAUAAUAACUAAGAAAUUAUUAAACUAAAGGUGCUUGAGGGUGAAAUUUGAAUAUGUGACAUAUUUCCUCAUAAAUGUAAGCCCUUAAUAAACACUUAGAUGUAAUGUUCCGUUCAUUCACAGUAAAGUUAUGUAGUGCUAGCCAGAUAUUUCAAAAUGCUCUAAGAAAAGCUUGUUGGGGGGAGGGGAAAAUGUUCUUUCUUGUGAUUAAUGACCUUUGGUUACCAAGGGUAUUUUGCAUGAUGCUGCUGCUAUUUUAACUUUCAGUUUGUUUUUCUCUUACUGUAGAGUAUAGUCCAUUGAAAAGUUAACUGAGUGACAUUAUUGUUAUGUAAGAAUCUGAACCUUGCAGUGUAAUGCACUUAAGUCAUCUUUAAAAAUGUCGUUAAUCUACUCUGAAUAUACUGUGUAAUGUAAAUGCUGAAUGAUUGGGUUAGGUCAAUGAUGAAAUGGGAAUUAAUGGAUUUUAUACAGAUUCGUGCUUUUGCCUGUAAACCUAUGUACAGAUAUUUUAAGUACAUAAAUCAGAUUUGACACAUUUAUUUUUUGAAAAGUACAUAUACGUUCUCAGUGAAGAUUCAUCCUAGGUUUCCUCUUUGUUCGUUCAUAUAGUAGCACAUACAAUCUAGAAAUUGCUGCUGCUGCUGUUUUGUCUCUCCAUUUUAAAGGGUAUGAUCACUUGACCAAAAUUUCCAUGCAGUUUGAUGAGGGUUUUACAAUAAUCUGAACAAAUAGGAAACCUUGAAUCUAUAUGUAUGCACAUGAAUACUUGAUUGUGAAUAAUCAAAAUUGUUUUUAUACAGCCUCAUUGGUGGAAAUGGUUAGUGUAGUAAAUCAGAUAUUUCAUUAUAGAUUAAUAUGGUAGCAGAAUAUUAUUUAUGCUUUUAAAAAUUAUUUUCAGGAGUAAAUAGUAUUUGAAGAAAGGGUAAAAACAAUGAAUGUGUAACUCUAAUUAUAGUAAAUAAUUCUGCUGAAGGCUGGAAGUAUGCAGAUAUUUUUUAUGGUAAAAUGCAUUUGUUCUUUUUUUAAACAUGCCAAAUAUUGGUGUGUGUAUAUGCUGGAAAUUUUCUCAUAUAUAAUUUUUAAGUCAAAAUCUUAUUAACGUUAUAUAGCAUGAUUUAAUAUGUUCCACAUAUCAAAGAUAUAACCAGUUCUUUAGCAUAAUUUAAAAGAUAUAUUUGUUUUGUUUUUAGCUUUGCAUACAUUUGUAAUUCCCUCCUACCACCAAUAUACCCUAGGUACUGUUUGUGUACAUUUCCUUAUUUAAAAUAUUUUUUUAUUUAAAAAUGGGGCAGAGGGAAAUGGAAUCACUAUGCCAACUAUUGUUCUAAGAGUUGUCAUCAGUUGCAAUUUCUAAUGCAUUGUUGUGAUUUUUUAGUCUCAUUUGUAACUGAUAUUGACAUUUUAGAAAACACCAAAGUGAUUUAAAAAAAUAUGGAACUUCUCACUCUAGCAACAAUAUGUUUAAAUCAUGUUGUUUGUUAAUUAAAUAUUUAAAACUUACUGUUAACUUUUGCUAGACUAUUUUAAAUCAUGGAGUGUUGGGAAGGGGAUAUCAACUAUAAAAUUAUAUUAGUUUGUGUAUAUAAACGACGCACAUUAAAACAAUUGAAUUGCUUCCAGCAUACAACAAACUACCUUAAAAUUAUCUUUAAAAUCUAUUAAAUAUAUUUUCAUGGCUAAUGUCACUGAAAUAGUAUGUUUUCAUCAACUAUAUUAUUGUUGUAUUAAUUGCAGGUAAACUUGGCAUCUCUUGGCAGGAUCCUAUUUGAUUUCAUUUGCCAUCAAAAUAUAUUUACACACACAAGUCUUGCUCUGACCCUUUAUUUUCUGUUAUAAAAUAAACUUAUAUGUUAUGACAACCAUAUACCUGGUAAUAAAUUGGGUAAGAACGUGGUCUCUGACUAAAAAUUGUCCUCACGCCUAAUACUAGUCUUCAUGCUUUUAGCAUACUUUUUAACAGACAGUAACACUCAUCCCAUCAAAUUGUUAUAUUUAAUUUAGGAUUUUUCUGUGUGUUCUAAUUGUUGACAAGAACUUAAAUUAUAGCCUGUUAUAAAUACUGAUUUUUUAAAGACUAAACAGUACAAGAGAUCAAGAAAAAAGCUUUUAAGCUCUUCACUUAUUUUUUGCUAUACUCAUGCAGCUUAAAGUAGUUUGUCACUAAAACAAAAUCAUUAUAAGUCUUGCAUUGGUGUUGAGUAACAGGAACGAAUUUUGCAUUAAUAGUUUCUUUAUAUUUUCUUCAUUUGAACAACCAGCAUUACUGCCAAACACCAAUCGUGGUCCAUAUUUGUAAAAGGUUUUUAACAUGACAUAGUUAGUUAGCAAGUUUGAUUGAAGAGUUUUUUAGGUCCUCAGCCUAUAAGAAUUUAGUAUGAUCUUUUUUCAUGUUUCUAAUGCUUAAGGCAUUAUUGCUUAACUUGGAGAAAAACAGAACAGUGUUGCUGCCAUUUGUAAGUUUUCCUAUAAUAUUCCUUUUAUUAACUUUAAAACUGGCCUUACUGGGUUCAAAUAGGCAGUAUCCCUUUUAAGUGACCUUGCAACCCAAGUGUUACUUGCUUAUUUGAGGCUCUCUUGUAUUUUACAUCUCAUUUAAAUCUUUGUCUCCCAAAGCUUAAAUUCUGUCUUAAUUUAAAACUCUAAACUAUUCCAUUAAUCAUGUUAGUUGACAUUAAAAUAUCUAGAGGUACAGAGUUUGACCAGUGAAACAAAAUGGAUGUUGUGACUUUUUUUUUUUAAGUGUAGAAUAGAAUGAUUAUUUUACUUGCCCACAAUUUCAAAUAUUUUAUUAUUAUCUGGAACUUGUGUUCUUUUUCCAUAACAGAAUGUUAAUAUUGCCACUAUUCUGUGUACAUUUCUGUAAAGAGCAAAUCAAUAAAACAAAAGUAUCGAGUGUUGAAAAAAUUCCAGAAUUUCAAUGACUUAGACAAGCCUUUCCAAUAGUUUCAUCUACCUUAUUUCUAGUUCACAUAAUUAACUCAAAGAAAUUCCACUGAGACGAAUGGGAUACUGUCUUGUAUAGAUGCCAAUUGAGUUUUCAGCGUGACCUGACAAAGCUGUCUUUUUUGUUGUGCUGUGUCAUUGUUGGAUCAUGCUUUUAGGGAUACUUUUAUUGAAAUGCUCAGUGUGCAUCCAUGCAAAAGGCCAAGUGGCUUUGUGAACAAAAGAUCUUUUCUCCCCUUUAUUAUGUUCUCUUGACACUUUUGUGUAAAUUAACUAGCCUGAUAAAAACAUUUUGUAAAAAUUUGUAUAAUAAUGUUAUAAAAAUAUUUAUAAUCCCAGAAAAUGUUGUGUUAAAUCUUGUGCAAAAACAAACAGUAUAUUCAGAAUAAAAGUUUAUCAUUUAAAGUCA